CAAGCACUUUCUCCGAAGCGUUUUUGUUUGCGUUGAAUCAGGAGUCAGCGAGUGAACCGGGCGAAAAAAAAGAAGAAACACCGCGAUCGUACGGUCGGAUUAAACCGGAGGGAUUGCGUCGUAAAAUAUUCCCUGCCGGGGUUGCCGGAGAGAUCUGACCUUGCCAACGAAUCGUCUUUCGCGUGUUCCCUGUGUGGAUUACAAUAGCCCUUUCAGUAGGGCCCUCGGUUUCUGCGUGCAUAGGACAAAACCCUCGGCGCUUGACACAGCUUCGGAGCGUCCCUCCCCCACUCGUUUGGCAUGGAGGGAUCAGUAGUAGUGAACGAGAAGAAAAGGAUCAGCUCGGAGCGGCGUAAAGAAAAAUCACGCGAUGCUGCCAGGUGUCGGAGGAGUAAGGAGUCUGAGGUCUUUUAUGAACUAUGUCACGAGUUGCCUCUGCCGCACAAUGUCAGCUCAAAUCUUGACAAGGCCUCUAUCAUGAGGCUGACCAUCAGUUACCUGCAGAUAAGAAAGUUGCUUGAUGCAGGGGAUUUGGAUGGUGAGACUGAGCUGGACAAGCAACUCAAUUGUUUCUAUUUGAAGGCACUGGAAGGGUUUGUCUUGGUUCUGACUGAAGAGGGGGAUAUGAUUUAUCUCUCUGAAAAUGUCAACAAGUGUAUGGGCCUUACACAGUUUGAGCUUACUGGACACAGCGUGUUUGAUUUUACUCAUCCUUGCGAUCAUGAAGAGCUAAGGGAGAUGCUAACUUUCAGAAAUGGGCCAGCAAAAAAAGGAAAAGAACAAAUCACAGAGAGAAGUUUCUUCCUUCGUAUGAAAUGUACAUUAACCAGUCGUGGAAGAACCGUGAAUAUAAAGUCAGCCACAUGGAAGGUCCUUCACUGUACAGGACACAUGCGUGUAUAUGAUAAUGCAAACAACCAGAACCAUUGUGGCUACAAGAAACCUCCCAUGACAUGCAUGGUUGUAAUCUGUGAACCUAUUCCUCAUCCAUCGAAUAUUGAGUUCCCCUUGGACAGCAAGACCUUCCUUAGUCGCCACAGCCUUGACAUGAAGUUUUCCUACUGUGAUGAAAGGGUAACUGAAUUAGUAGGAUAUGAACCAGAUGAACUUUUGGGGCGUUCAGUCUAUGAAUAUUAUCAUGCCUUGGACUCUGAUCAUUUGACCAAAGCUCAUCAUAAUAUGUUCACAAAGGGACAGGUGACUACUGGGCAGUACAGAAUGCUUGCAAAAAAAGGUGGUUAUGUCUGGGUUGAAACACAAGCCACUGUUAUAUACAAUUCUAAGAACUCUCAACCACAGUGCAUUGUCUGUGUAAACUAUGUACUCAGUGAGGUGGUGGAGAAAGAUUUGAUCUUGUCCCUGGGUCAGACAGCAAGUGUUUUGAUUCCAGUGGAAUCACAAGAGAUAAAGAUGCCAGAAAUCUUCACAGAGCUGAAUGAAGAGAACAAUUCUGAGUGCUUGUUUGAUAAACUGAAGCAGGAGCCAGAAUCUCUUACAGUUCUUGCACCCGAUGCUGGGGAUGAAAUUAUUCCAUUGGAUUUCAGUUCAGGUGAUUCUGACAAACCAUACGAAGAUGUUCCACUUUACAAUGAUGUAAUGCUUCACUCUACCAGUAAUAAACUGGAAAGUACACCAAUCACUCCUCUCCCAGCCCCAGAAAUGCCAAAGCCUUUGCGUAGCAAUGUCGACCCUGCACUUAACCGGGAAGUUGUGAUAAAGAUGGAAUCAAAUCCAGAACAACUUGAGCUAGCAUUCACCAUUCCACAGCUAUCCAAGCCAGACAGCCCUUCAGAUAUCAGUUCCAGUCAGAGCUCAACUGAGCCUAAUACACCAGAAUAUUGCUUUGAUGUCGACAGCGAAAUGGCAAGUGAGUUCAAGCUGGAUUUGGUGGAAAAACUGUUUGCAAUAGACACAGAAGCAAAAGCACCUUUUACUACCCAGGAAACUGAUUUAGACUUGGAGAUGUUGGCACCGUAUAUUCCUAUGGAUGACGAUUUUCAGUUACGAACCUUUGACCAACUUUCAUCUUUGGAAUGCGAUUCAUCAAUUCCGCAAACCUUAGGAAGCAUGACCACUCUAUUUCAUCAGUCUCUUUCGCCAUCCACCAGUGAUUUCAAGCCAGAGGAUGCCAUGAGUGAUCUUAAAACCAUUAUUCAGUCACCUGUCCACAUGAUGAAAGAGUCCACCAGUGCUCCAGUAUCACCAUAUAAUGGAAACAGAAGCCGCACAAGUUCACCAGUAAGGCCAGCCAAAGCAGUGGUUGAUAAAACUGAGAAAUCACGUCCAGGAACUCCAAAUUUACCUGUUCCGUUAAAUAAAAGGUGUACAAUAUUGGAUGAAGAACUGAAUCCAAAGAUGAUUGCUUUACACAAUGUACAGCGAAAACGUAAAAUGGAAAGUGAUGGCCCACUUUUCCAGGCUAUUGGAAUUGGUACCCUCUUCCAAACAAAUGUUGAUCCUGGGCCAAACUCUUCUCUCCAAUGGAAACGUGUGAAAGGAUCAGACUCGGAAAGGCUAAGUAGUGCAGAGCAAAGAACAAUCCUCUUACUGUCAACAGAUAUGGCAAGUCAGUUGCUUGGGCAGUCUUUUGAUGGAACUGUUCUUCCUCAGCUGACUGGCUAUGACUGCGAAGUGAAUGCCCCUGUUCACGGAACCAGAAACUUGCUCCAAGGCGAAGAGUUACUAAGAGCUCUCGAUCAAGCUAACUGAUUCCAUAUUUGCUCAUCUUUUGGACACUGGUGAACCUUCAUCACCCAAAUCAGUGUAUUUAUAUUUUGUAGAUCUAAUAUUAGAAACCUGUCUACAGUACCGCACUACUUCAGUUUGCUCCAUUUCGAUCUCUUUCUCCUUCCUCGCCUGUCUUAUUUCGACGUUUAAGGGGGGAAAAACGUGCAAGAACAUCUAUCCACAUGCAUAUACUUCAAACUAUAUACAAACACAGGUUCAGAUGAGCACCUUCUGUUGUAUUUUUUUCCCUUUUUGCUUUGGAAAUAGUCACAGAGAAUAACUGUCAGCUCUUUCAGCACCCAAAAAAUACAAAUAAUUACGUUCAGUCCAACCAUGUGUACCAUUUCAUUGUCAUUUUAUUGGAUGUUAAGUAUAUAUUUUUUUUUCUGUUAUUUUUAUGCACAGCAAACCAUGCUUAACCAGCGGCAGCAUUGUAGUCACAAUUGCACAAUUUAUAUUUUCUUAAGGAAACAACAAAUGAAAUACCAGCAGUUCCUCAUGCAAUAUAUAUUAUGCAUUUUUAAAACUAGUUUAUAAAAUGUUUUGGAUUCUUUUUAUUUGUUUCAAAUCCUGUCAGGCCUGAGAUUUAUCAUUGUUAGUUGUAAGUUAUACUUGUUUGUUGCACAUUGUUGGCUAAAGUGUCAGUUUAAAACUUAAUUACAAAAAUGGACAUGAACUAGUGUGAUUAAAAUCAUUUAGACGGUUUCUUUCAAACGUACAUCUUUAAAAUUGUAUGUAGACUGUAUAACAGCCUAGAAUCCCUGCUUGUAGUUCAAGGCUUUGAUGCCAAUCGCAUAAGCGUUUAUAAUAGAAAUGUUCUGCCUACAGUUUUGGGAUAGAAUAGCCAUCAGAUUCAAAGAUGCUGCAUUGUAGCAGAACUGCAUAGUGCACAGAGUUGCUUGGUAUUUGAUUUCAUGCACUUUUCCCGCUAUUAACAUCCUUAUUUUUUCAUUAAAUAAAAAAAUUUAAUUCUUA